CGGACUUGAAACCCCCCUUCUUUCUUAUUAGGGAUCCACUGAAGCCAUCAGACAAGCCCUUCAAGUUCUUCCACAGGAUAAUGUCACUUUGAAGUUUCUACUGCAAGCAACAGGGGAUGAAAGCACCAGUGAUGUUGAUCUUGCUGUUGCUAGCGGGGCCAUUAUAUUGGGAUUCAAUGUAAAAGCAGCAGGUUCAGUUAAGAGUUAUGCAGACAACAAAGGUGUUGAGAUUCGGCUCUACAGAGUUAUCUAUGAGCUCAUUGAUGAUGUGCGGAAUGCAAUGGAGGGACUCCUUGAACCUGUUGAGGAACAAGAACCAAUUGGUGCAGCAGAAAUCCGUGCGACUAUCAGCAGUGGUAGUGGCCGUGUGGCUGGAUGCAUGGUGACAGAAGGAAACGUAGUGAAAGGCUGUGGUGUUUGGAUUCUUCGGAAUGGGACAACAGUCCAUGUUGGAAUUAUUGAUUCUCUGAAGAGGGUGAAGGAAAUGGUGAAAGAGGUUAAUGUGGGACUAGAGUGUGGUAUUGGUGUGGAAGAUUUUACCGAUUGGGAAGUUGGAGAUUUAAUUGAGGCCUUCAAAACAGUGCAGAAGAAGAGAACUCUUGAGGAGGCAUCCGUCUCAAUGGCAGCUGCAUUGGCUGGAGCAGGAGUUGAUUGAUGAACCAGGAAAACUACCGGUGCCUCAAUCAUGUAAUGUGCUCUUCUUAGUUGCAUCCAAAUAUGUUUUACUUAAGUAUGGGUGCUACCUCGCUGCUAGGAUCUGCAAAGCUUACCUGGUAUGCAGAGAUUCUUGUGCUGGUGCACUGAGAUACCUGAUUCUCGGGAUCUGACCCCUGCUGAUGAGUCAUCCCUGUACGCUAUGCUGUAUAUAUUGUUAUAUUUCAAAAGACGGUCUUCUGUUGUAAAGAAGGGAUAUUUAUUCACAAUUUCUGUAAUGAUUCAAUGUCAAAAUACAUCUGUAGCAGCUCCAAACACAAUGGAAAUAGCAAUUGUCCAUUCUUUUC